AUGGCAGGUUUAGAGAACUACGAUAGCGUAUACAGAGGCCGACCUGCCAAAACGUGGGAAAUGGAUACAUCAUAUCCGCAGAGGUACCACGGUCGCGAGGUUAUUCGUCCUCUGGAAAUACCCGUUGUCCAUCCUCUAGCGGAGGAUCUGCCGGCUGUCGAUGACGAUAUUACUGUGACCAAAUAUGUAGGAUUAGGCUGCGGCUUAGCGAGCUUAAUUACGGAAAAUCUGUUGAUUCAUCCAUUUGUUGUGUUGCGACGGCAAUGUCAGGUCAAUCCAGGCGCAUCAAAGUAUCAUUUAUUGCCAAUAACUUUAGUGCCAGUGAUAGUACGUCUGCAUCAGACCCAAGGUAUAAACACAUUGUGGAAAGGAAUUGGUUCGGUUUUACUUGUAAGAGGCAUGACAAUGGCUGUGGAGGAUCUGAUUUCAAAACUCACACCGUGGCCAAAGAAGAUUACCUAUAAUAAUUCGUUGAAAACGUUUGGCCAACAUAUUCUUCUCAAAUGUGUCUCCUUAGGUAUUGUGACUCCCUUCUAUUCUGCGUCACUUGUGGAGACUGUACAGUCUGAGAUCGCCUCCGAAUGUCCCGGAAUCUUGGAUGUUUUCCGGGACGGUGCAAUCCGCUUGCUCGAUGUGUGCAACAAAGGUAGACUCAUCCCUAUUUACGCCCUCGUGCCACCCACUAUAGUUUAUGGAGUAUCAAAAUAUCUUUUCACUCUUGUUGUGAGGGGAGUGGCUAGUCGAAUUAUGCACGUCAGGUACAAGCAUUUGCAAGAGGCAAGAGGCGCGUACAGUAAAGACUUUCUGUCCGAAAGUGUUCUUCAGGAUAUAGAAAUGCAAUCGACCCUCGUAUCGAUGUGUGCCGCGGAUAUCGUGUUUUAUCCUCUUGAAACUGUUAUUCAUCGAUUGCACCUUCAGGGCACACGUACCAUUAUCGAUAAUUUGGAUACCGGAAGAAGUGUUACACCAUUGUUAACUGGGUACAGCAGUGCGGCCGAUUGUUACCGCACGAUAAUCUCAACUGAAGGACCACUUGGCCUGUAUAAGGGAUUCGGCGCUCUAAUUUUACAAUUCACAGUACAUUUUAUGGUAUUGCGCGCGACGAAAUGGCUUUUAACGGAACUGGGCGCGAUGUUGAUGCCGAAAUCUAAGCCGAUAAAGCCACCGAAAUCUCCGUAUUAUAACGAAAUAUGAAAGAGAUGCUGCACUUGUGUAACAAAACGUUGUAAGAUAGAUGGAAUUAUUUAUUUUUGCUUCUAUUAACUACUGAUCAUAUAAAAGGAAUUUGUGUAUAGUUUCCAGCACAGUUUUUGACGCUUCUGAUAAAUUAAGAUUUCGCACAGUUGAGAGAAUUUUCUUGAUCUUCUUUUGGCAUGCUAUUAAUAAUAUAUAAUGAGAUAUUUUUUCGUACUUACAAAUAUUGUAAAUUAUGUAUACAAAUUUUAUACCUCUUAUUGUACAUUUUACAACCGAUCAAAUCAGAUAGAGAUCUAUUGAAAAUUUUUAGAGAAUGUUACAAGUCCCAAAUUUAUGAAAUGUAGACAAUACAUCUAGAUAUAGUCAUUCUUGACAUAGUGAUCAUUUUCAUCCAAUAAAUAAUUUCUACACACACACAUGAAAUGGAAUGUAAUUAGUGAGUUAAUUAGAAUAUUAUGUUGAUAUAGGUCGAUUAUGUUGUUAUAGAUCGUUUAUAAAGUGAAUAAAUUGAGAUAUACUACAAUUA